GCAAUCACCGGUCGAGUGCAUAGAACUGUCAUGUCUCAGUAUUUUCCCCGAUUAUUCGCCCCCGGAAACGUAAUGGAAAGAAAUUUCGAGGUGUAUUCAUGAUCGUGCGUAAAAUAAGAUCUUCAAUUUUUCUUAAUUGCUCAAGAGACAGAUUCGAGUUGUGAAAAAGACGUUUUGGAGCAAAGAGUGAGGUUAGGGACGACAAUCGAAGUGUCAAAUUGGAGCAAGUGUUCUCAGAAUCAUUGGUUGUACGUAAACAUCAACUGCAGUGAUGUUCAUUUGAUCACAAAUGGAAAUAGACAUUCAUCCUUUGACGAGUAAUCCUACUGCUGCUUGGCAGGACCUGUCGCAGCACCAGAAGGUCAUCAAGAUCAAUGCAAAGACACCGACGACCGAGGCACCGGAGAAUAAACUGAGAGUUGUGUGUAUGAGUGAUACUCACUCAUUAACUCCUUAUAUCAAGUUUGAUAUACCACCUGGUGAUAUUUUUAUACAUGCUGGGGACUUUACCAAGUGUGGAAGUCUCCAGGAAGUCGUAGAAUUCAAUAAUUGGAUAGGUAAUUUGCCUCACAAACAUAAAAUAGUAAUAGCCGGAAACCAUGAAUUGUCCUUCGACCCAACGUUCACUCAUCCAUUCACCACUCACAGCAGUGGAGACAGGCAAAAGCACAUGGGGACCAGUAUUCUGGACAACAUCCCAACGCUGGGAAUGUCCAAGGACAUUUUAGCUGAAGCCAUUCGGACGACUAAUGUCAAGGAUUACUUGACGAAUUGUACUUAUUUAGAAGACUCAGGGAUAACCCUGUAUGGAAUUAAAAUUUAUGGGAGCCCUUGGCAACCGGAAUUUUGCAAAUGGGCCUUCAAUGUCCCUCGGGGAGAGGCCUGCCUCUCAAAAUGGGAUCUGAUACCCUCGGGUACUGAUAUUCUAGUCACUCAUACACCACCAAUUGGUCAUGGGGAUCUCUGCUGCAGUGGAGUUCGGGCUGGCUGUGUGGAAUUGUUAACAACAGUCCAACAACGGAUUAAACCCAAGUAUCAUGUCUUCGGACACAUACAUGAGGGAUAUGGUAUAUCUUCUGAUGGAAAAAUCAUUUAUAUAAAUGCAUCGACCUGCGAUCUCAAUUACCUGCCCAGUAAUCCACCGAUCGUCUUUGAUAUUACGUUACCGGAUGGGUUCGAUAAAAGAACAAAUUGAAUAGCUGUUAUUAAUGAAUCAUUUACUCUCCUGAGUUACUCAUUCAUAAGCUGAAUAUUCACAGGGUAUUUUAGAACGAGAAAUGAAGGAGAUUGAAGCUUUGAGGAUAUCCUUUUACAAAUUUGUCAAUUGAAUUGCAUGAGAAAAUUUGAUUAUUGAAAUUAUAUUCUUUUAUAAAUUAAUAAUAAGAACCGUUUAGACUUUCUGAAAUCUAAUUUUUUAUAAAACGACAUCGAUUCCUGAUGAAAACCUAAAUUGAUUGUAUAUAAACUAUUUAUGGGAACAAGUAUUCCCAAAAAAUUUUAAUUAUUUCGUGAAUUCUAAAAGAAAAAUUGACUUUCUGUUUAUAUUUUGAAAAGUUUGCCAAAGGCUCGAAAUACGGAGUCACAUUCAAACAAUCGAAGCUUAAAUAAUAAAAUAAUUGCAGAAUAAUAUUCAACUGCACAUGUUGACGAGAAUUUCGGUGGAAUGAAAAUAGCUGAAGUACUUGGAUAUCCUUAAUGACGUACAAAACACAGAAGCGUUGACUAUCUACAACAAAAAUAGAUAAAACCGUAGAAAAAUUCACCCAUUCCAUAAAUUUCCAACCAACGUCAUAGAAUGGGAAAUGAGUAUGAACAGAUGUCAAGCGCACGCUUUUAUUUAUUUUUCCAUUUCAAAGGAACUCAAUACUUUAAUCGUCAAGAGGCGCUGAGACGUGCACAAGAAAAUUGUCUAGUCUUUAAGUGGCAAGAAUGUUGUAUUUUUCAUUUCGAGAGAAUGACAAUGAGAUUGUACCACCGAGUGACAGAAAGCAAAUUCUGUUUACUCAAUGAUAAUGAAAAAUAGAUGUAGCGUGAGAAUAUUCAUCUUUAUCUUUUAAACCUGUCGCUGAAUUCAUCACUGGAGUUGCCAAAAAUUUUAUCAUGACCGCAGCAGAUUUUUUUUUCAUUCAGGGGGGCCAUCAGCCCGGAAUUUUAAUCAAAUGGACUUAUUUCAAGACAUUUGGAAUACUCUCAGUCUCUCCCUCUCUGUCUGCUUCCAAUUGAAAAAAUAACAAAGCAAAAUCAAUUUUCUUUCAAUUUUAUUUCAAGAUUGUAUUGUGACCAACUGUAAUCUCAGACUUCACAACGCAUAUUCGCUUUUUGUACUUUAUACCAUGUAAUAAAUUAAUAGGGAAACAAUUAUUACGCUUUCUUGGUCGUCUUAUCAACCCAAUUGCCUGAGACCCGCUCUUCAUUUGUGGACAUCUCGGAGAGAUCCUUACGCAAUAUGUUUCCCCAUCAUCAUUCCUAGUGUUACGAUUUGCAUUCAAUUAAUAUCAAAUCCAGGAUAAUUUUUUCAUUUGUCAUAUAAAAAAAUGUUGUCUCUAUUCAUUUUAUCGUUGACAUUCCAAAUAAGAUGUGGAAAUACAUGAAAAGAUAUGUUAACUAUACAAGUGAUUGUAAAUAAAUCGGUUUAUCAAUUAAAUCAAUCAAAAGAUGAAUCUAUUCACUUUUGGGACAGUGUCCCAAGUUAUGAUCACAUGUGUUUCAUUUUUUCUAUUUUUCAAGUCAUUAUUUUAACUCUUAGACGUCAGAAGAAUUUGAUGGACACUGUGGUUUUAUUCAUGAGUGAUUGCCCGUCAAUUUUAUACAUGUGAAUGGUUCUGCAAAAGUCCAUCAUCAUUCCUAAAAUUACGGUCGGCAUUCAAGUAAUAUGAAAGCCAGGAUAAUUUUUAAUUUUGUCAAAUAAAAAAAUGUUGUUCCCCCUAUUCAUUUCAUCGUUAAUAUUCCAAAUAAGAUGUGGAAAUACAUGAAAUGAUGUUAACUAUGCAAGUGAUUGUGAAUAAAUCGGUUCAUCAAUU